AUGGAGCUUCACUACUUAGGAAGUGUUCUCUUCAGCCUGCUAAUGUGUAUGACAUUAGUUCGGAGUGAGGCCGGCGUUUCCAAGAGCUCGUGUCGUUUUCCGGCGAUCUUCAACUUUGGAGACUCAAAUUCAGAUACAGGAGGGCUAUCAGCAGCAUUUGGACAAGCACCUUCGCCCAAUGGAGAGACAUAUUUCCACACCCCAUCCGGUCGCUUUUCCGAUGGCCGUCUAGUCAUUGAUUUCAUAGCUGAAAGCUUAGGAUUGCCAUAUCUCAGCGCUUUUCUGGACUCGCUCGGCUCAAACUUCAGCCACGGGGCAAAUUUUGCCACCGCAGGAUCAACCAUCAGACCUCAAAACACAACCAUAUCACAGAGUGGAUACAGUCCAAUUUCUUUAGAUGUACAAUUUGUUCAAUUCUCAGAUUUCCAAAGAAGAUCACAAAAAAUUCGCAAACAAGGAGGAUUAUUUGGGACAUUUUUGCCAAAGGAGGAGGAUUUUUCUCGAGCACUUUACACUUUUGAUAUUGGCCAAAAUGAUCUCACAGCUGGUUACAAGCUCAACCUGUCCACAGAACAAGUUAAGGCUUAUGUUCCUGACGUGCUUAGCCAGUUUACUAAUGUUAUGAAGGGUGUUUACGGUCAAGGAGGAAGAUCAUUUUGGGUACACAAUACAGGCCCAGUAGGUUGCCUUCCUUAUAUUUUGGACCGCUACCUCAUAACGGCAGCCCAAGUUGAUAAACAUGGAUGUGCUAACCCAUUCAAUGAUGUGGCCCAAUACUUCAACAGAAGGUUAAAGGAAGCCGUGGCCCAACUCAGGAAGGAACUUCCAUUGGCUGCAAUCACCUACGUGGACGUCUACUCAGUGAAGUACACCCUCAUCAGCCAAGCCAAGAAAUAUGGAUUUGAGGACCCACUUGUAGCAUGUUGUGGACACGGUGGAAAGUAUAACUACAAUCGCUAUAUCAAGUGUGGAAGCAAGAAAAAAGUCAACGGUAGAGAGAUCAUAAUCGCAAAAUCGUGUGGCAAUCCGACGGUGAAGAUUAAUUGGGAUGGCGUCCAUUUCACCGAGGCUGCUAACAAAUGGAUAUUCGAUUCUAUUGCUAAUGGGUCAUUUUCGGACCCACCAAACCCAUUGAAAAUGUCUUGUUAGGCAACA